UGUGGUAAGUAGCGAUGGGACUUUCUGAAUUGCCGCAGCGCUGCGCAGAGCAACCAUCACAUAGCCUGCGAAUUCAGUGGAUUCGAGAGACUUGGAAUAGGGUCAGUUGCACCCAAAACUGGAGAUGCAGCCGAGAGAAAGAAUGCGCAAACAUAAAUUCACAGAAGCUGAAUUAGCCAUCUUAAUCGAAGAGGUGACACAUAAAGAAGACAUGUUAUUUGGCCUGCAGGGUAAUGGCAUGACAACCUAUGAGAAAAAUAAGCUCUGGGUUGACAUCGCGCACAGGCUGUACGCAGUGUCUGGCAUGCAGCGCACGAUUAGCGAGAUAAAAAGGAGGUGGCAAGACCUGAAGCGAAGAACCAAGCAGAAAGUUGAAGACGCAAAGCUUCACAUUGCCAGGAACAGCCCCACCUCAUCUUUGUACCUCACAGCCAUGGAACAGAAAGUGUACGGCUCUCUCAAUAUCCACACCAUUGUGAAACAAGAAGAUAUCGCACAGCCACCUCUUCAGGAAGAGACUUGUCAUGCUAGAGACACUGGCUCCUCAGAAUACUAUGAAGAAGAGUCUUCAGAACAGAAGGCUUCGGGCUUACAGACUCAUACCUGUCAAGACCCUUCAGGUGCCCUUCAGACGCCCCCACACACCUACGCAGAACAGUCCAGCUCCAGCCCAUUUGGAAACCAAGAAAUUUCACCAGAAGGAAGCAGCACUUUUUCACGUCGGAACAAAGUAGAACCUGCAGCAAGCGAGGGCUCUCCCGCCAGAGGGACAGCGCAGGGCUCCUAUCCUGCACUGAGGGGGCAUUUGAAAGCCUGGAGUGGGACGAGCUGUAACAAGACUGUGCCACUGGGGUCCUUCGAGCAGCAGCUCCUGAGGGUUCACCGGGAGCACACCGCCGCUCUCAAGGACGGCUUCCGCACCCUCACCAGGCAGAACAGACUGAUCUACAGGGAGAUGUGCGAAACCAACAAGAACAUCGCCCGCAUUGCCUCCUGCCUCGCGGAAAAGAACGAGAGCGUGUCGGACCUGGCCGAGGAGCUCGUGGGCAUCCAUCACAAGAUCACGGAGAGCAUCGACGCCACCAACUGUCUCCAGGACAGGGUGAUCGACCUGCUGGCAUCCCAGCAGGAGCGCUCCGUCUUCGUGGUGCCCAGUGCUGUGAAGGCCCCUGUGCCCACUUCCUCCAUUGCGGAGCAGGAGAACACUGCACGCAGAGAGGAAACAAUGUGAUUGAACUAAUGGAGUAGCAGUUUACUCCACGUAUAUGUUAGUCAUCAUGUUACCUUGUUUCUUGUGUUGGAGAAAAUCCUUCUCUGUAUUUUAGGGACCGUAGCUUAUGAGUUUUUGAGCCAGGCUUUAAUACACUAGAACCUCCAGCCCCUCCACUGUUAUUUCCCAGUUUUGAAAAGUCACAUCUUUGUUGUUUUUUCAAUGAAAAGGUAUUUAUUGGAAGGAUGUUUGGCUAGAUGUGGGAAGGACAGCCUUAUCCAGUUUAUCACCCUUAGCUGUAAUUUAUAAAAGCAUUGCUUUAGGAUAUUUCAGCUAGCUGUUUAGAGAAAAAAAGCUUAAAAAUAUAAGAAAUAGUUUUCUUUUUUAGGAAGCUUCCAUACAGAUCUCUUAAACUUCUUUACAUGGUUUAAAAUGACUAUACUCAAUAAACCCAGCUAAUGAAUAAUUCAUGUAGUACAGUCAUAAAACUUUACUAUAAAGUGAAGCAUGCAUGCUUUUCACAUUUUUGAAAAUAUUUUUAAGUUUGAUGCAUAAAGUAACUUAAUAGGUAUGUGUUUAUGUAAGAUUUAUCAUAGACCUCCUGAUUAUUUAAAAGCCUUUCUGCUGCUGCACUGACAUUUUGUGCUUUUUGUAGUCUGUUUGGCACUUAUUUCCAUGGUUUGGAAGAAAGGAAAAGAAAUGCAAGAUUUUACUUUUACCAAAAUAUAAAAUGUGUCACUUUCUAUGUGCUUAAUAAUGGGACCAGAAGAUAAGGUAAGAAGUAAGAACAGGAGUUCAUGUGUUCAUGCUUCAUCUGUGGAUUAACUGUGCAGUAGUGAGUAGGUCCACUUCUUCCAGCAGUUGUUAUGGCUCAGGACCUGUUGGUAACAUUUGUCAAUACAGUACAGUAUAUGCAAUAUGGUAUAUCCAGAUAACAAUAAUAGACCUUAUGGAUUAUGUUGUGUAACAACUUUAAGGAACAAUGUUGUCAUUCAAGUAAAAGACAUAAAAUGAUAUUUUUUUGUUCAAAGUUCCCAUCCAUAUCCAGUGUAACUGUUGUAAGGCCAGUCAAUAUACGGUAUGAACGACAUUAAGAAAAUUGCAAUUUUCUUCAAUCACCAUGUUGAUCAAUUAGAGAAUUAUAAAUAAACAGUAUUUUCAUGAUCUCAUGGACAUAUAUAUGUAGAUGUUUAUAGUCUACUAAUUUCAUUACUUGUAAAUAUUUUUAUAACAAGUUCU